AACCAUUGUAAAGAGGAAAGCUCAGAGCAAAUAGCAAAACAAGGUGAGGAUGGCGCUAUGGAUGGAAAAUGGUUCUGAGCCCUUGACCGAAAAAGAGAAGGCAGACCUUGAAGCCAUUACUGCACUCAAAGAAUCUGCAGCCAUUGAACUUAAGGAAAAGGGUAACCAAUAUGUGAAGAUGGGUAAGAAGCAUUACUCUGAUGCCAUUGAUUGCUACACAAGAGCAAUCAAUCAGAAAGCAUUGAGUGACUCUGAAAACUCUAUUCUUUUUGCAAAUAGAGCUCAUGUGAAUUUGCUGCUAGGAAAUCAUAGACGUGCUCUCACUGAUUCUCUGGAGGCACUCAAGUUGUGCCCCUCUAAUAUAAAGGCAAUUUAUAGAGCUGCCAAAGCAUCUCUUGCACUAAAUUUGUUGGCUGAAGCACAAGACCAUUGCCAAAAGGGUCUUCAGUUGGACCCCAAUAAUGAGGAAUUGAAGAAGCUUGAGAAGCAGGUUGGUAUGAAGAUAUCAGAGAAUGAGAAGCAUGAAGCUGAAGUCUCUAAGGUUGUUGCAGAGACAAAGGAACUUGUGUCUGCAAUAGAACAUAGAGGCUUGAAGAUUGGAAAGGCAAUGUAUCGAGAACUUGCUGGAUUAAGGAAACCUGUGUUAGACAAAAGUAAUAUCCUUCAUUGGCCUGUUCUUCUUCUGUAUGCGGAGGUUAUGUCCAGUGACUUCAUUGAGGAUUUUUGUGAGACUGACAUGUUUUCAGUUCACCUUGAUAUGAUGUUUGCAGAAGACCAGCCGCUCCCAUGGGAUGUUGAAAACAAUUACAAACGCGAAUAUAUUGAAGUAUACUAUGAGGCUGAUUCUGGACAUUGUAUAUUUAAGGAAAAACUUCUUCAUUGUCUAUUAGAGGGAACUGCAGCUUCUCACAGAGAAGGCGUUGGUGAUGAAGAGAAAGAUGCAAUUGAGGGUUUUAAGCCAAACAUGGGCUCCCCUAAAUGGAUCAGAGUAAAUGAAAGGAGAUCACUUCAUGAUGUUCUGAAAGAGCCUAAUUGCAUCAUCCCUGGGAUCCCAGUCUUCUAUGUUGUUUCUAAGCGAUCCAGCUUUUAUAGCAAGUUCAAAGCUGGAAAGUGGGUUCCUCCUAGUAUAUGAAGGCAGCAACAGGCAUGUUUUGCAAUCACUAGAUUCAAGUCCCAACCUGGAUGUCUUGAAGAUUGCUGAUGUAGUCAUCAGCAGAUAGUGUCCAGUUCUUCCAACUUUUUGGACUCAUUUUAAACCGAGAGUUACCUGCUAAUUACAUUUGUUUGAUGAGUCAAGAUUUCAGUCUGUCCUAGUGUCCCAAUGAUAGUCCUAGGACACAGGAACCUCACUUGAAUAUGUCUUAUUAUUUUCUCCUGUAACUUAGUUAACAAAGAUGUAUAAUUUGAUAGCUGUAGUUUAAUAUACUUCUAUCAUUUAUAUAGUUCUAGGUGCAUAAAAGUUUUCAUUCUGCAGAAUGUCCUAUUUUCUUUAUCACUGAGAGUCUGUGACAUACCCUUGCAAGGGAAUAAUUUGCCCAUUCUAGUUUCCAAUUACUUUCUUUGUAGAUCAAUCCCUUGUCUUAAUCAUCAGUAAAA